CAAAAGUACUAUAGCUUGUAAACUAUUUUAACUAAAUUCACUAAUUAAAAUUUAUCAACUAACUUAACUAAUAAUUUAAAUAAAUUUGAUUACUUAAUUACUUUAACUAAAUUCACCACUUGUUAACCAAAUUCACUACUAUUAUCCACUUUAUUUAAAUUAAUUAUAUUAGUUAAAUUGUUGCCUACUUUAAUUGAAUUUAAUAAAUUAAGUAAUGGCAAAAAUAAAUAAAGAAUAUAAGUAAAGUAAUCAAAUAAUGACAAAAAAAGGCCGGGCCAACCGGCGGCUGGUUCUCAUCGUCCGAACGGAAAUACCGGCGACUGUAAUUACGCCGGCGAAAUAGGAUUUCCAACCGGCGUCAAUUGCGGCCGAGAAACAAGCGGCCGGCGACAUUCCAGACGGAGCAGCUGGCGGCCAACCGCAAUCCUGGACGGGAAACAAGAUGGCCGGCUUGGGAACUUGGCCGUACAAACCCCGGCCGACAUACUUGGCGGCUGAAAAAUUUAUGGUCGGCAAACCUGGCGGCCGGCGGCGGCAGUGUUUUUUUCUUUCAACUUUUUGCUUUAAAAAAAAAAUCUUACCCGUGACAUCGCCGGCGCUUUCCCGCUUCCGUGCUGUCGUCCCGCCAUUGAUUUACCCUUCAAUGUGCACUAGAUAUGAGAUUGAAUUUGAGAGAAUUUUCCAUAAUGAAUAAAGGUUUGAAAUUUGAAAAAUGAAGAAUGGGGGGGACGAAAUUGUCCAUUUAAAAUAUUUCAUUGGGUGCUGUAACAAAAACUUUGUCGGCCUUUCACACCGACAUUCUCUUUCUGUUCUUUCCAAUUUCUGGGUACUGUUCUGAGCAUUUGUUCCUAAUUCGAUCCUAAUGGAAACGGGUAGCGGAAAAAAGUUUGUUCAUUCAGUUUGGGAACUCCCACAAGAAGAUUUAGUCAUGAAAUGAACAUAUUUUGGGGCAAGCGGACUGUAUUGAUGUGCAGCUCUAUCUUUUUGGGACUAAAUUGACGAGAGUUGAAACUUCGAAUCUGAAGUCUGAAUUGAUUCUACACAGUCUAGACUCAAGUGUAACAAAAAAUAAAUGGAUUGUUUUUGGGGGGAAAGUCGAAAGCAGUCAAAAAUUUAGGAUUUACUUUGCUAAUAGAGUUUAAUAUAGUGGUGUUAGCAGAAAUAGAUUUCUGAAAUUACACGUGUCCUUCUUGAGUCAAAUCCACUUCAUACUCACAAACUCACAAGUCACCAUCUCCCAGAUUACUCAUCAGUAGGCAAAACCACUUGGCGUAUUCUGAUAUUCUCUUUUCCUGUUCUUCUUUCCAAUUUCUGGGUACAUUUCUGAUCAUCUGUUUCUACUUUGAUCUCUCAUGGAAACGGGUAGCGAAGAAAAGUUUGUUUAUUCAGUAUGGGGACUCCCACAAGAAGAUUUGAGGCCCCGGCUGAAGAAGUUGAUGGAGAGAUUGAGAUCAGAAUUUAAUGCGCCGGAGUUCGAGCCUCAUGUGACCGUUGUCGGAGCUAUACGCCUGACCGAGAGCGAAGCGCGAGACAAGUUCCAGAAGGCUUGUGAAGGGUUGAAGGCGGCUUAUAAAGCUAAAGCUUUGAAAGUGGAAACUGGGACUUUCUUUUAUCAGUGCGUUUUCCUGUUACUUGAUCCCACCCCGGAGGUUGUGCAAACUAGUGAUCAUUGCUGUAGUCAUUUCGGAUAUUUGCGCUCAACAGGUGAGUGUUUGAUUUUCUGUAAAGGGUUUCCCUUUUUGACUUUUUUGAAAGUUUCCUUUAUCUUUUGAAGGGAACUUUAUUUGUGUUAUAUUGUUCAUAUCAAGCUAGAUUCGGGAAAGUAAUGCAUCUUUCACUGGGAAAUUAUUAGGUCAGCUGCAGAUUUUAAGAAUAAUAAUGUAAUUAAUGUUUGCAGAAAUUUUAUCUGAAAUCAAGUUCUUCUACCUUCCUUGUCGGCAUCAUGUUAUUCUUGAGAGAACUUGAAUUUGGACUCGAGGACCGGAUAUGAUUGACAAAUUUGGGAAAAAAAAAUUUGGUGAAAGAGAACCAAACAGAUUUGUAGCACUAAAAGAAAACGCCUUGGCAUCUUAUUUCUAAGUAAAUUGUUGUUUUUAGGCGCUAAAAAUCAAAUGCUUAUAAAGACAUAGUACGCAGGUUUCCUCUAUGCCCAUCUGGAUCAGGAGUGACUUGUCCUUACCUAUUGAAUUAAGCAGAACAGCGGAGCUGAUUUAAUUGAGUAUAGAAACAAGAUCAUGUUAAGACAUCCCUGACUGAGUCAGCCAAGUGAUUUGAUGAUUAUAGAAAAUGGAAAAGAUCUGGUUUAUGUUUCUUUCAUUAUCCUCUAGCUGAUAUUGCCCGCAGCUGGGACUUUACGGAAUUCCUAGUGUGUUAUCUCUGCUUUCCCUGCUUCAUGUUGCUAUUCCAACCUCUACUACCAGAGAGCUGUCUCUGUCAAAAUGUUUGAUUACUACAUAAUUUACAGGCAUCCGGCCUUCUGUAUAGUAUCUAAAACUUGCAAAUACCUAGUGGUUUUGAGGACAUAGGUUGGAAUGUCUCUGAUUUCUCAAUCAGAUAGAUAGUUCAGUAAGGCAUCUAAUUGAGGAAAUGAGGAAUUGUCACAGUUCGAGCUGUCCAUGUAACAGCGGAGCGUAACCUCAACAUAUUGUAGAUUUUGGGACGGUAGCCAUCGACGAGUUAACUUAUAUUGUAGUAUCGAUGACUCUUUUUCUAUAAUUGAUACAUAUUGCAUUCGGAGAACAAGAAGAUCUAUUGAGCAGGGUUUUUGUAAUUAAACUGACUAUGAUUCACAAAGAUGGAUACCAAACCCCUUUAGACUCCAUCACACACACAACCUACUGUAGUAGUUGUGGACGCAGCUUGCUGGUUAGGCAGUUUCAGAAUAGAAAUAGUUGUGGAUCUGUAUGAGUUUUCCUUGUAGCAUACGAAACAUUUUGCAUUCGAGUAAUGGUUUUGGAGUCCAAUUUGAUAGGGUGCUGAGGUUUACAUACUGGUUAUCAUUUCUGGUCCAAGGACUAUAUCAAAAUAAACAUGAACUUAGGCUCCGUUUGAUAAUCACUAAAGUCCGAAUCUGAACACUUAACACUUAACACUGAAGUCUGAAGUAUGAAGACUGAAUUUACAGAAACGUCUGAAUUUGAUGUUUGAAGACUGAAUCUGAAUACUUAGGUCUGAAAGUUAUUUAAAUUUUUAAUAGCAUUAAAUUGAAUUAUAAACAAAAUCUUUUAAAUAGAAAAAUAACUAAUAUUCUGUUCUAAAUAAUAAAAUAAUAAUUUUAAAAUAAGUUUCUGGUAUAUAUAAUGAAAGUAGAUAGUACACUUGUUAAAUAGUCA